UAAAUUGUGUCGCACAAUGUGCGCGCCCAUUCGAUGUGUGUGUGCAGCUGUCAAAACCCAGCUGAGGCAUAUUUCUCAGUUUUGUUGGUGUGAUUCAAAGCGGAUGGACUGUGAAAAUAUUGUCAACGAAUAUGGGAGAUAUUCAAGAGUCUUGUGAAAUUGAUGAUGCCAUCAAUAAAUUAUUGAUAGACCAUAUAAGAGAACGACCGACAUUAUACUACAACGACAAAUAUACGAAAUCGGACGAACAGCACUGGGAUGAAAUACAGAAAAGCACCGGAAUUCAAAAGUCUUGGUUGAAGAAGCGUUGGAAAACGAUUCGAAAUGAUCAUCGAACAAUUACCAUUUACAAUCACAUGCACAGUAAGAAAGUGCCGCCGCAUAAAAUGGCAAAAGAACUGGAUUUCUUCCUGGUUGAUCUCAACGGAGCAAAGGACAUGGAUUUUGAAGAAAUAAAACGUCCGAAAAAAGAGUCAUUUUUCAUCACCCAGGAGAUGCUUGAUAAUUGUGAUAUCAACGAAAGUGUAACUAUUGAUUCGAUAUCAAUGCCAAAGUUUCUGCAAAAUAAACCAACAAUUGCUGAUGCAAAGACUGAACUUUCGACUGCACAAACUCAGCCGCCCAAGGAAAACACUUUACCGAAAGUGGUUCCUCUAAAUGUUUUAGACCAAUCGACGAAUAAGUCAGAAAAACCCACCGAAAAUGACAAAAAAUCAGCAAAUUCAUCCACAAACGAAAGAUGUGAGGAUACAAUAUUUGGCGAGCUAGUAGUGGCUAUGCUCAUGAAAAUGAAGCCAGAGGAGAAAAAACAGGCCAAAAAAGAAAUCAUGAACAUUUUAUUGUAAGCAUUUCAUUCAUUUGUAAACAAAUAAUUAAAAAAAAAACGAACCGAAAUCCAAAUCGCAUUGUUUUGAUUGCAACACAAAGUUUCAAAAUGUAAAGAAACUGUCAGUGAUGCCAACCCAAUGGAUUGAGUUUGGUAUUUGCGUUCUCUUAUGUGACAGCUGUCACAUUGAAACCAUGUGUUUUUCUUCGACCUCUUAAAUAUAAACGAAAACAAAAUCAUUUUCGUUCGAAUUACACGUGUUUUUGCCCAGUUUUUAGUGAACGAGAACCGAAAACACAAUCAAAAUGGUUCGGCACAAUAAUCAGCUGCCGGACAAUUUGCCGCAGUUGCAAAAUUUGAUAAAACGAGAUCCAGCCUCGUACAAAGAGGAGUUUAUGCAACAAUACAAUCAUUAUUUGAGUUUGUUGGAGGUGUUUCGCUUGAAUCCAGGACAGGAAAACAAAAGUUUGGAUGAACUGGUGAUGUUUAUUGCACAGGUGGCACAAUGCUACGUCGAAGAAUUGGUCACAUUCCCGCAACAAUUGGUCGAUCUGCUGAAAACACAGUCAACCACCCUCGAUCAAAAUAUGCGAAACAGUUUUUGCCGUGCUUUGAUUUUGCUGCGUAACAAGAAUUUGAUUCCAGCUUUGGAUUUGCUUGAGUUAUUUUUCCAAUUGUUGCGAUGCCCCGACAAAUCGUUGCGAGCCUUUUUGGAGAAUCACAUCAUUACGGACAUCAAAAACAUGAAUGCCAAACACAAAGAUAUGAAAUUGAAUUCCACGCUACAGAAUUUCAUGUACACAAUGUUGAAAGAUUCGAAUCCAAAGGCAGCCAAAAUGUCCAUUGACAUCAUGAUUGAGCUGUACAAAAAGAACAUUUGGAACGAUACAAAAACGGUGAAUGUUAUCGCGAAUGUGGGUUGCUUUUCGAAGAUCACCAAAGUCAUGGUGGCAUCAUUGAAAUUCUUUUUGGGCACUGAUCCGGAUGAAAAAGAUCCAAAUGAUUCCGACAGCGACAACGAGCCGGACUUGAAGAGUGCCAUACUUGCAAACCGUGUCAACAAAAAGACAAAGAAACGUCAAAAACAAUUGGCCAACAUCAAGAAACAAGUGACUAAGGUGAAAAAGAAGAAAACCGCCGUUGCAUCUUUCAAUUUUUCGGCUGUGCACUUAAUUCAUAAUCCACAAGGAAUGGCUGAGAAUCUGUUCAAACAGUUACAAUCGCAAAACGAGCGUUUCGAAGUUAAAUUGAUGCACUUGGAUGUGAUAUCACGAUUGAUUGGUAUACAUGACCUGUUCUUGUUCUCAUUUUAUCCAUAUAUUACACGAUUCUUGCAGCCACAUCAACGCCAAGUCACUCGAGUCCUUCAGUUUGCCGCGCAAGCAUCGCACGAGUUGGUUCCCGGCGAAGUGAUCGAGCCGAUUUUAAAGACAAUUGCCAAUAAUUUCAUCACCGAACGUAAUUCCACCGAUGUCAUGGCAAUUGGUUUGAAUGCCGUUCGGGCAAUUUGUAGUCGUUGCAUGUUGGCGAUGGGCGAAGAUUUGCUACGCGAUUUGGUUUUGUACAAAGCAUACAAGGAAAAGAGUGUGAUGAUGGCAGCUCGGUCAUUGAUUACGCUUUAUCGAGAACAAAUUCCAGCUUUGCUACAUAAAAAAGAUCGCGGUCGCACAACAGAGGCACAAGCUGAAAUGGCGCCAAAACAAUACGGUGCUUCAGUUGCUCAUGAUAAUGUGCCAGGCGCUGAAGCACUGUUGAAAUCAGCCAAAUCAGUGUCGGUUAAAGAGGAGGACGACUCGGAUUCCGACAGUUGGGUGGAUGUCAAUGAAAGUGGCGAUGAGAUUAAUAUCAGCGACAGCGACAGCGAAGAAGAGUCGGACAAUGAAGAAGCCGGAAGUGAUGUGGAAGACGAAGAUGGUGAUGAUGAAGAGGUUGACGAUGAAGAAAGCGACGUUGAAGAUGAAGAGGAUGAUGAAGACGAAAGUGAGCAAGAGUCUGAAGAGGAGGAGGAAAUUCAAGUCGACAAAUCCGAACAAGCCGAAAAAUCAUCUCAGAACAAGAAGAAAUCAAAGGCCACAUCGAAUGGAAAAUCAGUUGAAGACGUAUCCAAUGCUGAUAAGUCCGUCAAAACACUACAAGCAAAGGAAGCCGCCCAAGAAAUAGCUCUGACUCGCAUUUUCACCGACGAUGAUUUCAAACGGAUCGAUGCUGAGAAUAUCAAAAAGCACGUUUCGAAUGCUCGCAAGCGACCACUCGAAUCCGAACAGACCGAGUAUGUUAAAUUGGAUGACAUUGAAAUGAUUUACAAGAAACGACGAACAGACAAAGCAUCCCGUUUGGAGACUGUAAUGAGAGGCCGUGAAGAUCGGGAAAAGUAUGGGUAUCGCGACAAACGUAAGAAUAUCCACUGCUCAAAGACAAACACCGAAAAGAAGAAGAAGAAAAACUUUGGCAUGAUGCGAGUUAAAGCCAGAUCAAAGGUGAAGAAAUCGUUUAAAGAAAAGCAACAGUCCAUGCGAAAACAUUUGCUUAAACAAAAGAAAAUGAAAUAAAUAUACAUUUUGUAGGUUUUUUUUCUUUGUUGUUUUUAUGGUAUUACUUUUAUCAAAUAUGAAAAUUGAAUAAAAUAAUUUUUUUUCUUGAUCUAUUGAAA